AUGUCGCAACCGGUGUCACAUCCCACCCUCAUCAACCUUCCGCAGCCUCCCUCUAACCCGGACACUCCCUCUGAGAUGCCCGGCACACCUACAUCCACUACGACAUCCCUCUCUGCUCUCUCCACGACUGCAAUCAAGGAUGGCCACCGAGGUCAUGCUCUCCCCACAACCGGUCACCGUGGUCACCAACACCACUCCUCCACAAAUAGCCUCGAUGCCGAGCGCGCCGACCGCAUCUCCCGACUGACCGGCCUCUCCUCCAUCUCCGGGUUGCGCGCACCCAUCGGCUCGCACCAGUCGCAACACAAUGCCAGCCUCCAGACCACUCCCACGUCCACGGGCUUUCCCGGCAACGUACCGCCUCAGGUGCUCGGUGUCCCUGCCUACUUUGACUCCAACGGCCAGCCCGUCGCCGUUACCAAGAUGAGCACCGUGGGAACCGCCUCGGCCACCGAGAGCGUGGGCGGCCGCACGGCUACCGACCUGAGCGGCGUCGGUCAGAACGACGACGGUGACCAGGACAUGCGCGACGAAGAGAUGAGCCUCGAUACGAAUUUCCGUGAGAUGGACAGCGUGAGCGGAUACAUGGGACAAGGCCCGCCAGACAUUGAUCCCAUGGACGAGGACCUUACCAAUCGGAGCGUUGGUGGCUACGAGGACCGUAUGAGCGAUGACGGCUCAGCUAGUCUUGUCGGUUUCGGUGAGGGCGCAAAUAGCACCAUAUCCGGCCCCAUCUACGUGAGACGACCAUUACCGGGUGGCAUUGGGCUGGAGAGGAGCGCAUCUGGCUUGAGCGAGGGUGCUACACUUAGUCGGCAGAGGUUUGGCGACCGUGAGGGCGGCGAGACCCCCAUCAGCGUAGCCGCUGCUCUGGAGAGGCGGGAUGCUCGAAUGGUGGAUGGUGUAGCCACAGACGGCGUUCACGUUCCUGCCGGUGCAGCUGCUGCAGACGAAGACAUCUUUGUUGAUACAACUACAAGGGGGCCCGUGCCUGUUGGUUCCGUCCAGCCAGGCCAACCGAGUGCCAUCCGCGAGACUCAACAACCUCAUUCACAUCAGCAUCAGCAGAGCUCUACAGCCCGAGAAGAUGCUGAGCGCCUUGUUCGAGAGAGACUUGAGCGCGGCGAGUCACGGACGAGCAACACUGCAAUGGGGGCCUCUGGCGUGGGCGGAGAGAGACUGGGGCGUUUCUAUUUUGAAGAGCGAAAGUGA